UUCCCUGCAUUUAUCAUACCAGAGUCAGAAUGACUUUAAAUUACGGCCCGCAUCCUCUCAAUCGCUUGACAUACGAUCCUAUAGUGCCUGACCUCGUAAACAAAACACCAGGUCUAAGAGCUGACCUCGACAAGUCUUUGGAAAAGCACAUAUGUAUAAUACAUGACUUGGUUGGCGAAGACGAAAACCGGUUAGCAUAUCUUCUGAGCCCUCACAUUCGCUAUCUUACGGCGGUUUCCAAAGCUGAUGCCGACAAUGUUUUUCGCGAGGAAAAGUACGAGAAUUAUGAGAAACUGAUGGAUUCGCAAAAAAAGCUUAUGAAAGAGUUCAUUGAGUUUCAAAAACUCCAGGACACGGUUGAUGCUGAGACGUCUCGUGCACUCGAGCAAAACGUCAAUAUGUCUUUAUCCGAAGGACUAAACAAACUCAGGGCCGACAGUAGUAUCACCAGUAAGAGAGCAGAAGCUGCGAAACAACGUGCUAGUUUACUGGAGAAGCUUCCCAAAUUCUACCAGAAUUGGCAGAAGUAUCAUGCAAAUGCGGUUAAACCCGGGUCGCCUGUCAAUGAGUUUGGCGUCUUGCCUUCCGGUUCAAACGUGUCGACCCAUCCCCAGACUGACAUUGACUCCACUAAGAGUGAUUCGGAAAAAGCGUUCAGCCAGUUCUCCACAUUUGUUCUUUUCCAAAGGGCGAUUUCCUCCAAGUUUUUAAAACUUCGCCAGGAAUUGCGCGCCAAUUUUGACGACGAGGACAAGGACAAGGACAAUACCGAACGGUAUCACAGCGAUCUUUGCUUGCAUUUUGAAAUUAUUGUCCGGAAUAGUAUCACACGUAAACGCAUCACGGCUGGCGAAGGGAGAGUCACCAAAAUGAUACGCAGCUGGACAACCGGUGAUGACUCGCAAUCCAUAUAUCUACAGAAAAUGGGGACCGACUAUGAGAGGAUUUUCGCUCAGCAGAUUCAAUUGAAUGAGUUCCUGCGUGAAGUGUUCCAGAACCAAAUGAAAAUCACAGACCGGGAAGAAGAGUUAUAUUCCAAGAUCAUCACUAAGCAGAAACAAUUCGUCAAGGAUUACGAGUUGGAAAAACAAGAUUGGGUGGUAUGGCAGGAAGACUGGGUACAAUAUUAUACCAUGGCGGAAAACGUGUACGCUCAGGAGAAGGAAAUCCUAAUUCUCCCGUUCCGAGUGGACAAUCGUAUCAGCCAAGAGAGAUAUGUACAAGAGUGGAAGAACCACGGUCUCAAAACCAUCAAGCCAUUACAAUCUAGGCUGCAGGGACUAGUUCUUUAA